AUGAAUGGAAUCGACAGACCGCCCGGCAUACUUGCCAACGCUCUAUGGGAGCUGGAAAAAAGUGGGAAAGAUCCUCCAGUAAUAAUUAGAAAGAGAGCGCAUUCCUUAAAUGGAAGAAAAGGAAUACUCGCCUCAGGUUUAAAAGAAGUGCGAGAAGCUCUCAAGGAUCUUCAAGCGGAUAGAGAAGAAGUGAGCACUCGGAUAGGUAUUUUGGGAACAGCUCUCGAGAAAUUAAAAGGGGUCCCAUAUAGAAGUCCUACUGUUGAGGAGUUGAUUCGGCCAAAAUCAGCUAAUGGUAUCGGAUAUAGAGGAAUGAUAGGACAUCUUCUAGAAACAAAAGAUGAGAUGGAAUAUGAAAGCCUUGGACUGAGGGGGCUGAUUGAUGGUGAUAUCAAAACUAGGAAAGGAAAGGUUUCGCCAGAGGGAGAGGAUGACACAAAAUCCUUGAAGAUGGCAUUUGUUCCAAAACGAAAAUCAAGGGAAAACUCCUCAAGCAGUGGCGAGGAUGCGAAACGAAAACCAUCCGCGGAAAUUAAGGAAAAGGUCCCAUUAGAGCCUUCUCGAAAGCCGUCCACUGACUGGAAACGAAAAUCACCGCCUGAGAUGAAGACCACAUUUUCUUACACUCCGAAAGAUGAGCCACCUAUUCCUACGAAAGAAGGUCGAAGAGAAAGUAGAGUGAGCAUUCGUAGAGGAAGCAUGAGAGACAAGCGAAAAGAGGAUCCAAAAGGAAAAGAAUCAGCAGAUGAUAUAGAAAAGGUUUUCCAUGAGGAUGUUGAUCUCUCAGUUGCCGAUACACAAACAAAGGUGCUGUAUUUGGCUAAAAAAGAGCAAUGGCAUUUGAUUGAUGCGGAACUCGACAAAGUGGUAAAGACUGAUUUAUCACUAGCCGACAAUGUGAGUUGUUUAAAGAUUACUUGUGCUCUUAUUUCUAUAUUCAAUUCCUGGAAUGUUUAUAAUUCUCUGAUUUACUCUACAUGCACAAGAUUGCCCGAUCUACAAAUUCAAAUGGAUUUUUUUAAAAUCUCUAUUCACUUAGUUGAAAAUUAGAC